AUGCCUCCCUCUCCAAAGCGUCCACGCCUCACCUUGGAGCAAGAUCUCCAGGACCAGAAUGAGUCAGAAGAGCUGGUGACUACACAGGCUCCUGCAGUUGAGCAGGAGGAUACCUCAUCCAUUUCAUCUUCUUUUCACUUUUCCUUCCCCUCCACCUCCUCUUCCUCCUCUCCCUCCUCUCUCUCCUGUUCCUAUUCUGUGAUCCCAAGCACCUUGGAAGAAAAAGAGGUGUCUACUGCUGGAAUAUCGAGUACUCCCCAGAGUCCUCAGGGCUUCUAUUCUUCCUCCACUUCAUGUAGCAAGUUAGAUGUAGAAUCCAGAAGCCAAGAAGUUGAGGGUAGUGAAUUCUUCAUUAGUGAUGUGCUAGACAAGAAGGUGGAUGAGUUAGUACAGUUUCUCCUCUUCAAAUAUCAAACAAAGGAGCUCGUCAUAAAGGCAGAAAUGAUAAAGAUUGUCAUCAAAGAAUAUAAAGACCACUUUCCUAUAAUUUUUGGGAAAGCUUGUAAGUUCAUAGAGCUAGUCUUUGGCAUUUCUGUGACAGAAGUGGACCCUAACAAUCACACCUAUAUCAUAUAUGACACACUUGACCUCACCUAUCAUGGAAUGCUGAGCGAUGACCAGGGCAUGCCUAAGAUUGGUCUCCUGAUAUUUAUUCUGAGCACAAUCUUCAUGGAAGGCAACUGUAUCACUGAGGAGAAGAUCUGGGAGGUACUGAAGGCAAUUGAGAUAUAUGCUGGAAGGGAGCAUUUCAUCUAUGGGGAUCCUAGGCAGCUCAUCACCAAAGAGUGGGUACAAAAAAAAUACCUAGAGUACCAUCAGGUGCCAGAUAGUGAACCUGUAUGCUAUAAGUUCCAGUGGGGUCCAAGAGCCUGUGCUGAAGCCAACAAGAAAAAAAUCCUGGAGUUUUUGACCAAGCUAAAAGAUACAAUCCCUAGUUCCUUUCCAGCCUGGUACAAGGAGGCUUUGAAAGAUGCGGGAGAGCCUAGGCAGUAA